CAGACAAUCUUACAGAAGGAAGAAGAGAGGAUUCAGCCAACUAAAACCCCUUCAUCUUCUCAAGCACCCCCAAUGAAGGAAACUUGGGGGGAGAUGAGAGCAAAGGAUCACCAAAUAAUGCUUCAUCCUCCAUGAAUCCUGAAGUGAGGCUUAGUAGCCCUCCAGGGAAGCCCAAAGACUCAUCCAGUGUUGAUGAUCAGUCAGUGGGGACCCCAGUUGGGCCAGAAACUGGAGGAGAGAAAGAUGGACCAGAAGAAGAGGAAGAAGAGGACUUUGAUGACCUCACCCAAAAUGAGGAAAAUGAAAUGUCAUCAGCUUCUGAGGAUUGUCUGUCCCAGAACUCCAGGUUUCCCACCGUUUUCGAGAACUCAUGCAGCUCUUCCACACUGCCUGUGAAGCCAGCUCUGAGGAUGAACCAGUACCAGCAAUGCAGACCAGCUGUCUGA